UUUUCGAGACCGGAGGUUGCCCCUUGGUUAGAAUAUGAACUCCAGGUACAGGAAGAUAUGUCACAGUACAGCAGCAGCUCAAGGAAGGAUACCAAUCCAAAACACAAGGAUAUGAAACGGGAGACCAGAUCUGCAAAGGCUUCAGUUCUUCUGCUUGGUACAGAAACCAAAUCCUUUGGAGAACCAGCCAAAGUAGCAGUUACCAGUCGAGUCACCAAUAAGUUUUGCCCUUUCUGUGAUAACGACAAGCACUCACUGAAUAACUGUGCCAAUUUCAAAAUGCUCAACAGCACCCAGAAACAUGCGUGGGUCCAAACCAAUCACUGCAGGGAGUUCUACACAGUGUGGUCGAGCCAACAGCAACUACAGAACUGAAACCUGUCUGGAUGUGACGAUCCCAGACGAUCAUCUUGCUGGAUGUGAUAUUUACAUUCAUGCUGAUUCACCUCACAGGACUGAGCUCCGUCCUGGAGGUGCAGGACUCGCUGACACGGACUUCCUGCUGUACCUUCACAUAAAGUCCACUGACAAGUGCAGAGCAAAGCCUAAUAUUUUGGCCUACGCUGCUCACUGCCAGACAGAUGCACUUGGACGACCUGUGGCCGGGGUGGUGGUCAUCUGCAGGGAAAGACUGAAAGGAGAAACGUUUAGUCACCAGGCAGCUGUACAGACUGUGAUCCAUGAGCUGUUUCAUGUGCUGGGUUUCUCUAAAGAGCUCUUCCACACCUGGCGAGACUGUUCCUCCAUGUCUCAAGCUGAGAGUGCCAACUGUUCUCCUCAAGGGAAAGUGACCUACUCUGACGGAUCCGGCCACAUGAGGAUUUACACCCCAUCUGUCAUCUCAGCCCUGCAGAAGCACCUGAACUCCACUGAUCCUGAGCUUGGGGGAUGGCUAGAAAACCUUGGUGUACUUCCUGGCAAAGUGUCCUCACACUGGGAGUCCAGGAUCUUUCAGGGCUCCAUCAUGGCAGCAGAGCUAGCGGACUCAUCUUCAGUCCGGAUCAACCCGGUAACCUUGACUGCAUUACAGGACACGGGCUGGUACAAUGUAGACGUGAGCAGGGCACAGAGUCUGGUGUGGGGAGACGGAGAAGGGGCCAUGUUUGGAUCCCUGUCAACCUGUCAGAACAAAUCCUCAUCGUUUUUCUGCUCUGGCAGUGGGUUUGGGUGUCAUUACCUUCACCUCCACAAAGGGGAGUGCAAGACUGAUCAAUACCUGGAGGGAUGCAGAGUGUAUAAACUCCUCAAAAAUGGAAACCGGAGUCAGUUUCCUUCGUUCAUCAGCACAGUGGAGGGGCGCUGUUACAGACACAGGUGUACUGGACCAAACAGGUACCAAAUCCACGUGUCAGGCUCUGAGUGGGUGGAGUGUCCAGCAGGGGGAAGCAUUCAGAUUGAAGGAUACCAGGGUUCAGUUUCCUGUCCUGACAGGAGGUUGUGUCUGUACUCUGACAUCACUCCUCCUUCAGAUGCCGUCGAUACAUUUCCUGCUUCCAUCAUCAGAGAUCCAUAUGGGACUUUAACUUCAGCCCAGACCUGGACCUGUUUGUCCUUCGGUGUCAAAACAUCUCUCAGCAUCACUGCUGCCGUGUGUCUCCUGGCUGCAGUCUUGGUGUCUUACAGAAAAUGUUGCUCCUGCAGGAUCAGGAUCCACACCAGCACAGAUGAACACAGUAAUCUGUAGGAAACACAGCCUCUAAAACCGGCUUUAUAAACUUUAAUUGUUCAAUAAUUUUGUUUGUCUCUUCUUAGUAAUUUAUCUGAAGGCUGCGUUGUAAUUGUAGAGUUAUUCAGUCAGAGAAAAAAUGCCUUUUUAUGACAAUUUUUAUUGAACAGAGUAAUGUGAAAACAUAAAGAUAACCUGUUGUGGUCAAACGCAGCUCAAAAAUAUCAAUCAGCUGGUUUCUCAUCCUACAUACAUUAUAUUGAUCAGAAAUGAUACCAAAAAAACAUAAUGAGGAAACAUGGCCAAACCAAAAAACAGUAUCUAUAUAUAUAUAUAUGACCCUAACAGAAAAACUAAGAUGAAAAUUAUAAAUAAAGUGAAAUUAAACUCAAUUUGGAGCAUAAUAUUAUUCCCAAUUCUAACACAUGUACAGAGAAGUUUGGGUAGAAUACAGACACCUUUUUGUGUUACCACCACUGAGCAAAAUAUUACAAGAAGUAGUAAUCCCUGAGUUAUAAACUGUCAUUGUGUAAAAUAAACUGUAUAAUUAUGGAUGCUCAAUGUGUCUUGAGAAUCAAAUAAAUCACUAAGCCCUC